AUGGAAAAUAUAAGAAAGGAAAACGCAUCUGUGAGUCACUUCGAACUGACAGCUCUCGAGAAAAAAGAACUGAUGAGACGCAGAGAACACGAGUCGUUCACACGUAUCGACCACACUUUCAAUAUGACAAAAGGCGAGAGUGUGAAAGAAAUUGAUAUGCAGCAGGGACGAGGAGGAACGGCCAACUCAGCCGGCCGCUCUUCCUUUCAUUCAUUCCUUUCCCAAUAUCGUUGCAAUAGGAAACAAAACCCAUCCUUCGGAUCCUCAAACAUCUUGAAUUCCGUGAAAGGAGAAACCCCGGACGUGCCAGGUUCCAGCAAAAAAAAACGGAAACACGAGGAAUCAAACACCAAACUCGCUGUGCCGGACACCUCGGCAUAUAACAUGCUCUUUGCCGUGAAUGCUUACCUGGACGACCUGUGUAAGGUACAGAGUGCUCUGAAUAGCCUGGCAAAAGAGUUUGAGAAAACAUUGGAGACGAAAGAAAAAGGGCAUAAAGAGAAGAAGGUUCCAUACGACACGUUCUUUGACAACCUGGAGUAUGCUUACAAGUUUUUAAAGGAGAAGAAGCGAAGGUUGUGA